AUGGCGGGGGACAGAGGAGGAAAUCCGAGUCUAAUGGAGAUUUUGGAGAGGUUGGACACUAUGCAGCGAGCCAACGAGGCCUUGCAAGCUCAGGUGACGGAGUUGACUCGCGGCAGGGCAGAUCAUCAGGGAUCUGACCGCCACACCGCGGCGGCGGUGGUCAAUUUCCAACCCUUUUCGGAGGAAAUCGCGGCGGAGGAGAUCCCAGAGCAUGUCAAGACUCUCGUUCUGGAUCCUUACUCCGGAGCUACAGAUCCGAAGGAGCAUCUGGUUUACUUCAACACCCGGAUGGUAAUCGCAGGGGUGAACGAUGCAGUCAAGUGCAAGUUGCUUCCAUCCACUUUCAGGAAAUCUGCUAUGACGUGGUUCACUACCCUUCCCCCUGGCUCGAUUGCGGAUUUCACCGAGUUCUCAACGCGUUUCUUGUCUCAGUUCUCGGCGAGUAGAUCUGAACAAGCCACCAUAGCAGCUUUGCUAAUGGUGAUUCAACGAGAGAAUGAAUCGAUCAAGAGUUAUAUGACACGAUUCAAUGAGUUGUCAGUGCACUUGGAAGAUUCCGUGCCAUCCGUCUGCGUAGCGGCUUUCAAGAAUGGACUCAGGGAGGAACGUUUGAACGGGAAUCUGACGAGGCACCCAGCAACUUCCAUGGUUGAGAUCAGGGCGCGUGCUCGAAGUUACAUCUUGGAGGAGGAAGACAACUGUCAGAAGUAG